ACCACGUCAUCCCAAUGAUCUGCAUUUUAGCUUGCCAGGUCUAGCGACGAUUGAGACAUCGGAGAGAGUUUCCACAAAGACAACUGAACUUACAAAGUCGGCCCCGUCUGCCCGUCUGCUUGGUACACGGCAGUAGCCUUCAGCAGACGACGUCUAUUAUCUUAUUUAUGGAUGAAAUGGAUGACGUAGAGAUCGAAGACGUCAAUGACGACGGCUCGCCUUUUCGGGUGGAGAGAGCUCCCAUAAAAAACCAAGAUCUGACUUCCCUAAUCAUAACUGUGGGAGAGUUGGUGUCCCAGUACGGCUGGUACGUGCUGGUCCUGACUGGGAUCGUCUACCUGCUCGUUCAGUACCUGAGCAAGAGGAGAUCCAGCCAGAGCUCCAACAGCCCGAGCCCUCACACACAAGAUGCCGUGUUGGUGGAAAAGAGACACCAGGCACUGGAGGCAGCCCGGAGAAAAAUGCAAGAGGAGCUUGAUGCGCAGGCAGCCAUCUUUAAAGAGAAACAGAAACAGCAAGAAGAAGAGAAGAGGAGACAGAAGAUAGAGAUAUGGGAGAGUAUGCAGCAGGGGAAGAGUUAUAAAGGAACAAAACUCUCUCAGACCACAGAAGAGGCAAGUUCAUCAGCAACAGAUCUGAAACCAAAGACAAGCAAGAGGCCUCUUCGUGAUGAUGGCUACAGUCCCUUGUCAGGUCAGGGAGGAGGCUCCUGCUCCUGGAGACCCGGCAGGAGAGGGCCAUCAUCUGGUGGAUGAGGCUAAAGAAGGUUGGAGACUCUGGUCUGCAUGACCUCUGACCUCUGACCGCCUGACGUGCACACUGACUGAUUGAACCCAGCUGACAAUGCAACAAGGCUCAUACCUCAAUUACAUUUCUUGCUUCAAACCUGUGCUCCCUUACUGUUAGUUCCUCAACUGCACACGCCACCUGUCCGAUUUUAUUUUUCUCUACUUUAAUUUACUUUCUCAUCUCUCUGUGCUCUGCACUUAAAAAAUGUUAUCUUCAGUCAUGCUGUUAAGAGGUAAACGCAUUGUGCAUUUGAAAGCUUGUCAUGAAGCCAUUCCUGUAAAUGGUCUACAACCAGUAGGUUUGGCUGAUGAAUUUCACAGUCGGUGUGUUUUUCUUAUAUGUUUCAGUGUGAUUAUCAGCGUGUGGCACUAUAGCUUUAGAGUUUACAUUACUGCAAAAGUUUUCGCUGGUGGACAAUGUUUAAUUACAGGAAAUGAUUCUGAACAUUCUGAUUAUAAUGUAAAGAGGUCCUGUCUAUUGUUAUGCACAUUUUUAUGCAAUAAAGAUAGUCACCAGGA